CAUUCUUCCUCCAUACUCGGGUCCUUGGGCCUCUCCAUUCUUCCUCCAUACUCGGGGUCCUUGGGCCCCUCCAUUCUUCCUCCAUACUCGGGGUCCUUGGGCCUCUCCAUUCUUCCUCCAUACUCGGGGUCCUUGGGCCUCUCCAUUCUUCCUCAUACUCGGGGUCCUUGGGCCUCUCCAUUCUUCCUCCAUACUCGGGGUCCUUGGGCCUCUCCAUUCUUCCUCCAUACUCGGGUCCUUGGGCCUCUCCAUUCUUCCUCCAUACUCGGGGUCCUUGGGCCUCUCCAUUCUUCCUCCAUACUCGGGGUCCUUGGGCCUCUCCAUUCUUCCUCCAUACUCGGGGUCCUUGGGCCUCUCCAUUCUUCCUCCAUACUCGGGGUCCUUGGGCCUCUCCAU